UAAUCAGUGCUGCCCAGUUUUCACAAAACGAGAAAUGAUGGAUUCUUGUCGAAGAACAAGAUCUCAAGCAGUUUCAACAGCAUCACCCACUCACUCUAAAUUUCUGCUAAGAAUUGGAACAGACCCAAUGAAAUUUGCGUCAUCUACUCCAGCUGCAUCUGUUAGACCUCUCCCGGAAUUUUUGGAAAGUAACAAUAAACUAUUUCAAUUCAGAAAUCAUCAGCCAUUCCAUUCUAAGACUUUGAUUCCACGAUCACCUGUGAAGAGUGCUCCACCUAUCAGCAGGGUCUUUCCACACAGGCAAUGGGCUCAUGAAAAGGCACAUGCAGUUUCGUUCCGUGAUGGGGAUGGAGAGAGCAAUCUAGUUGAUUCAGCAAUUCAAAGUAGAUUUUAUGAUUCUGGUCGAUCAGAGUUGUAUUUUGAACAAUGCUUUACUAUUGAGAAAAAGCUUGGAGAAGGUUCAUUUGGUGAGGUAAUGAAAGUGAAAAGUCUUGACAAUGGGAAAAGUUAUGCUGUGAAAAGAUCCAGAGAAAAGUUUCGUAAUGAAGCUGAUCGAAUGAGAAAAUUAGAUGAAGUAAAGAAACAUGAACAACUUCCAAAGCACCCGAAUUGCGUAGAAUUUGUGAAAGCAUGGGAGGAAAAUCAUCGUUUGUAUAUCCAAACAGAGCUUUGCUCAAUGAGUGUGCAGGAAUAUUGGGAAAACAAGGGUAGCAUUUCAGAAGAAAAGGUUUGGAGUAUUCUUAUAGAUCUUUUGAAUGGGCUCGGUCACAUACAUAAACAUGGUUUCAUUCAUUUGGAUAUAAAACCAGCAAAUAUAUUCAUUUCAAAAUCGGACCAAUGCAAAAUUGGAGACUUUGGACUUGUUGUGGAUAACACAGAUAUUGCUGAUGCUAGGGAAGGUGACAAUAAAUAUAUGGCACCAGAAUUAUUAAAUUCUGUCUUUUCAACCAAGGCUGACGUCUUCAGUCUUGGUAUUGCAAUUCUUGAACUUGCCUCUAACAUUGAGCUUCCUAGACAUGGUGCACCAUGGCGAUUGUUAAGAUUAGGGUAUAUUCCACCUGAAUGCACACAAUGUAUUAGUCCAGAUUUGUGUUGCAUCAUACAGUGGAUGUUAACACCAGACUAUGAAGAAAGGCCAAACAUUGCUGAAAUUCUUGCUCAUCCUAUCAUCUCUAAUCGUCGUAGAAGAGCAUUUCCAAUGAUAGUGUAUAAAGCUUGUACAUCUUUCAUUUAUCAUCUAUUAUCGCUGUUUGUACAUUUUUUAUUCAGAAUAUUAAUACAUCCUUUCAGCAUUUUACUCCGACCCAUGAGCAAAUCCAACAAUGUCACAAAAUAUCAGCAUGUAAAUGAUUCACCAAAUUUUAAAUGGGAGUCUACAGAUUCUAAUGCUGAACUGCAUUCUUCAUCAUCAAGCGAAGGCAGUCAUGUACCUAGUUCCUCGAGAUGUCAAAAUGGUGUAUUUUUCACACCCAACAUAAAGUCCCGUAGUCGAUCUCGUUUCACACCAACACCUCGCAAUUCAUCGCCAGUAGCAAGCAGGGUAAGACAUACAGCUUCUGCUGGCAAUGUCUCUCUUGAUUUAAGUCCAUUGUCCCACAGCAAAAAUCAUUACAAUCUCUUGAAUUCGACCGGAAAAAAUCGAUCUAACUUGGACAAGCUUGACUGUUUUUUAAGUGACAUCAGUGAUAAUGAGGACUCCACUUAUUAUAGUGAUAGUCUACUCGCAUCUAAACCCAGAAAUUUGCUGGAUAUGCUAAAUAACCUGUCUGAUUCAGAUGCAUCGAGUGUUCAAGAAUUGUAAAUCUCAUAUUUGUGCAAUUAGUGCAAUUGUUUAGUGUUAUUGCAUGUAUAUCAACCAACAUGAUUCGAUUUUUACUAUUUUAAAAGUUAUUGUGCCUGGAGUUUGGAGAUAUUCUUUAUUAAUGUGACUUUAUUCUAUCCUUAACACUGCCAGACUAAUAUUUUCAGAUUAUAAUCCUAAAGUAAUAAUUUUCAUGUGUGCCUCUGUACUGAUACUGUGCUUCAUUUGUCAAGUGGAUGAGUUUAUGGAAUGCAUGUGUUUAAAAAGUGCAUUCAACCAUGUUGAGUGGGAAACCUAAUUAUGCCAAAAUUGUGAUAAUAUUAUUAUUUGAUAUGUCAAAAUAAAUGUUUAACAACCAUAUUGUCACUCAUUUGGUAGUUUACUUAAUACUGGGCAAUCAUUUUUGCUUCAUUUCGGCUUGAAAACAUGAUUUCAGGCUAGUAACCUUCCAUGUAUUUGCAAAAUGUUAAUUGCAGGAUUAGAGGAAUUAGUUUAAAUUUUUUUGCUUAUGUCAGAUGUUCUGGAAUUUGCUUGGCCUGGAAAUGUAGGUGUAUUGUGGAAUGCGACGUUGUUCGAUUAAUCUAAAACCUUUGCUAGCGAUAAAUGUUCCUUAGUUCAUUACUGUGCAAUCUGUAUGAGUGCCUCAGUGGCACAUAUUCUGCUUUUUUGAAGUAUUUUCAGGUGCGAAGUGGCUAAUUAAUAUUUGUUUUGUUUAAAAAAUUGCCCAUGGAUUUACUGUUUGCUAACAUUUUGCUCUUUUUCGAAGA